AUGUGGAAUGACAUUGAUGAGGAAUACCUGGAUGCUUAUAUUGGUGUUCUUCUUCUUGCUGGUGUUUACAAAUCCAGCAAUGAGGCCACUGAUAGUCUCUGGGAUGCAUCGACAGGCAGAAAUAUUUUCCGGGCAACAAUGUCACUUCAGUCAUUUCGAAUGAUAUCAAGAGUCCUUAGAUUUGACAACAGAGAAACUAGAGAAAAAUCUGACAAGCUUGCUCCCAUCAGGGAUGUCUGGGAAAGGUGGGUGCAGCUCCUUCCACUGAUGUUCAACCCAGGGCCAGAGGUAACAGUAGAUGAACGUUUUGUCCCUUUCCGUGGAAAAUGCCCUUUCCGGCAGUACAUGCCUAGUAAGCCAGGGAAAUACGGCAUAAAAAUUUUGGCAGCCUGUGAUGCAAAAACCAGCUAUGCAUGGAAUCUGCAGAUUUACACAGGCAAACAUGCAAGUGGCAUUCCUGAGAAAAAUCAAGGAAAACGUGUAGUCCUCGAUAUGACUACUGGACUGCAGGGUCACAAUAUCACAUGUGACAAUUUCUUUACCAGCUAUGACCUUGGACAAGAACUUCUCAGGUGGAAACUUACCAUGGUGGGCACAGUAAAAAAAAAUAAACCUGAUUUGCUGGUGGAGGACUCAGCUGGAAUUUCAGAGUACAAGAACCUAGGGGUUCACAUUACCAGAAAACUGGACUGUUCUGACAACACAAUGGCACCAUACAAGAAGGGCCAGGGCAGACUGUGCUUCCUAAGGAGACUCAGGUCUUUAGAUGUGUGCAGUCAGGUCAGGUCAGGUUGA